AUGACAUUGAAGAAAAAUAAGAUUUACAGUCAAACAAUCUCUUCUUCUUCACUCGUUUUAGAAUUCUUUUUUUUCCACAACGAUUUUCUUCUUUCGAGAAAAGCCAAUUUCGUCACGAUUAUGUGGAAUUUGCAACUUUUAUUAGCUUUCUCAUCGAUUCUUCUUCUUGCAAAUGCAUUGUCCAUUGAAAGAAAUCCGUAUUCACUCGAUGAAGAUAAUCUUAUUCAUCAACGUUUUCGACGACAACAGGGCGUAACGACAACGACAACGUCGGAAUCAUUGCAAUGCAUGUGUCCUUGUGCUUGUACAACAACUUCAACGACAUCGACAAGUUCAACGUCUUCGUCGACGUCAUCAACAUCGACAUCAACUUCAUCGACAUCAACAUCGACUUCAUCGACUUCCACAUCCACAUCGACAUCUUCAACAUCAACCACAUCAACUUCAACUACAUCCACUUCCACUUCAACAUCAUCAACUUCAACAUCAUCAACUUCAACUUCAACUUCAUCAUCAACAUCGACAUCAACUUCGUCUUCGUCAACAUCAUCAACAUCAACCUCAACAUCGUCAACAUCGACAACAUCAACAUCAACUUCCUCGACAUCCACAUCGACUUCAACAUCAUCAACGUCAUCAACAUCAUCAACAUCAUCAAGUUCAACAACAACUUCAACAUCGACUUCAUCAUCAUCGACAUCCACAUCAACUUCUUCGACUUCCACAACAUCAACAUCAACAUCAACUUCGACAUCAUCGACUUCGACAUCGACAUCAACUUCGACUAGUUCAACAUCAUCUAGUUCUUCAUCAACGACAACAACUACUACUGAAACAACAUCAACUUCAUCGACAUCAACAACAAGUUCAACAUCAACCACAUCAACAUCAACAUCAACUUCGACUUCAUCAACUUCAACAUCGACUUCAUCAUCGACUUCGUCUACAUCAUCAACUUCAUCUACAUCAACGUCCACAUCAACUUCAUCCUCAUCAACUUCUACAACAUCAACUUCAACAUCCACAUCGACAUCCUCGACUUCAACAUCGACAACAACUGACACAACAUCAACCUCAUCUACAUCAUCAACAACUUCGACUUCAUCUUCAUCAACAACAUCCACAUCGACUUCCACGACAUCAACUUCCACAAGCACUUCAUCGACAUCAUCAACAACAGCAACCGGUACAUCAACAACAUCAACUAGUACUGCUUCAUCUUCUUCCACAUCCACAACUAGUACGACAUCAACAUCAUCAACAAGUUCAACAACAUCAACUUCAACUUCAACCACGUCAACGUCAACAUCGACUUCAACAACAUCGACAUCAACAACAAGUACAACAACUGCAACGACAACAACAACUGAUACAACGUCAUCAUCAUCUACAUCGACCACUUCAACAUCGUCAUCAACAUCAUCAACUUCCACUUCUACAUCGUCUUCCACAUCAUCAACAUCGACUUCCACUUCUACUUCAUCUUCCACGUCAUCAACAUCAACCUCGACGUCAACUUCAUCUUCAACUUCCUCUACAUCAACAUCGACAUCGACAAUAUCAACAUCAUCCACAUCAUCAUCAACUUCGACAUCCACGUCAUCUACAUCGACAUCAUCAGCAACAACUUCAACUUCUUCUACAACUUCAACUUCUACAGUUUCAACAUCGACGUCAUCAACUUCCUCAUCAACAAGUUCAACUUCCUCAUCUUCAUCAUCUACAUCAACCACAGCAACAAGCACAAGUUCUACUUCGUCUUCGUCCACUUCGACAUCAUCAACAUCGACGUCAAGUUCGUCAACAUCAUCAUCAUCCACGUCAUCAUCAUCAACAUCAUCAUCAACAUCGUCAACUUCAACUUCAACUUCAACAUCAACAACGACAACAGGAACAACAUCAACAUCAAGUUCAACUUCCUCAACAUCGAGUUCGUCAACUUCAUCAUCUACAUCAUCAUCUUCAACAAGUACAAGUUCUACUUCCACAACCAGUACAAGUACAACAUCAACUAGUAGUAGUAGUACUUCAACAAGUACAACAUCUACAACAACAACAACUUGUUUACCAAUAUGUUUGGAAUGGGAUUGUUGGAUAAAUGUUACAGCAACAAUUCCAUAUACAACAAGAGAUCCAUCUGUUUCAACAACAACAUCGUUAUCACAAUUACAAAAAGAACGUAUAGCUUUUUCGAGCACAAUGAAAGCAUUGGAAGAUGAAAAUCAACGAUUGAAAUUAGGAUUAGGACUUGGUUUAGGACUUGGUUUAUUAGGAACAAGUGCAUUAGCAGUUGGAAGUAUUGUCUAUUUUAAAAGACGUCUUUCAAAUUUACAAGAUGCGAUUUAA